CUAGGUUUCAGUGUGGUGCUGCCCUAAAGUUCUUGAGGCUUCAUGCUUUUCCCUGCUCAGGAACGCAGUGCAGCAAUGCAUUACAGCCUAAGUGCAGUGGGACUGUGAUCGUUUGCAAGAAGGAGGAGGAGGAGGAGGAGGAGUUCUCCUUUCAUCAUCGUCCCCUUUCAUGGCAGCUGGCUUAAACGUGCCUCCCCAAGACUUAAGGAAAAGCUCACCUCAUGGAAUUGAUCAAGUGGACUGCCCAGGGAGACUCCAACCAGACCCAGGCCAGCACCUUCCUCAGUCACUCCAUGGAGGGAAGGAAUGAUAACAACUCCACCAGGGCCUUGAAGCUGCCAGAUGGCACAAGCGCCGCCUGGUACAUCCUCACCAUCAUUGGUAUCUACGGGGUGAUUUUCCUCUUCCGGUUGGCCAGCAACAUUCUCAGGAGGAAUGAUAAAUCCUUGGAAGAUAUUUAUUACUCGAAUUUGACCUCUGAACUAAAAAAGAAAGGGACCCAGAGCAAGGUAGUCAAAUGCUCCACAAUGGCCCUUAGCAACAGAGCUGUCUUGCAGCCCAGCCAGCCCAGCCUAGAGCCAAAGUGUGAAAAUGGUGGGCCCCAAGUUGGAACCCAGGAGGUCCCUUGAAAGUCGAGGCAAGUAAGACUUUACUGCAGAGGCCCCAGCCUUCUUAUGGGAGAACAGUGUUGGGUUUACCUGGAACUUGGGAGAGGAAUGGUGCCCAUGAGUGGGCCAUGGGGAACAUCCUGGAGCUGUGGGUCCUUCUGGCUGAUGGCAUAUGGCCAGAAGCUAGCAACCUCCUCCCUUCUCUUUCUACUGUUUUGAGAAGAGAAAGUAAAGCGGCAACUUUCAACCAUAUUUGCAAAGUUUGGGUCCCAGGGGAGUGUCUGGACUUCCAAUGUUCUCAAAAGAAUCAGGAGACUCUGGGGGGCAUUUCAAGGUGGAAAAGACUGAAAUUGAAGUAAAAAAUCUGGAUUGAAAUUCAACGUCUUGGAAUUAUAUAAACUUUGAGUGGCUAAUUGUUCAUGUGAAAUAUUAGGGGUUGGGAUUAAUGGUACUAAGGGGUCAUUUCAUUUUAAAGACUGACUCAAAUAUAGAA